GAGGCAGGAUUAUUCUACUGCAUUGCCGAAAGCCUAAGCUGACAGAGGAAGCGAGAGAAUAGAGCAGCUCAAGCGCACACAUUUAUUCCUGUCUGACACACAAAACAUCAGCCUGCAUGGCAUAACCUCUAGUUGACUGAGAGAAACGGAGGGAAUAGUUGGUAGUGUGACUCAGAAAGAGCGAAAUAGGACUGUUUCAAACCGCAGCAUCACCAUGUCAUCCAAUGAGCUGAGUGCUCCGGAAUUGGACCCCUGCAUUCGUACCUUUAAGGAGCACAUGCAUUUGGAGCUGGAGCCUCCAAGACUGGGUGCCGGCAACAAGCGCAUCACCUCCCCAAAAAUAUCUCCCCGCAGCUCCCCGCGCCUCUUCCGCAAGCUCAUGGUUAACAAGGGUGGCCGCCACAGGCGCCGAUUCACCGUCGCACACACCUGUUUUGAUGUGGAAAAUGGCCCGUCUGCAAGCUGUAGUCCUUUGGACCCCCAGGCCUCACCAGGUUCUGGCCUGGUUCUGCACACCAACUUUCCCGGCCACAAUCAGCGGCGAGAGUCCUUCCUCUACCGCUCAGACAGCGACUAUGACCUCUCACCAAAGUCAAUGUCUCGAAAUUCUUCUAUCGCCUCAGAACUGCAUGGGGAUGACUUGAUAGUCACACCUUUUGCUCAGGUUCUAGCAAGCCUUCGAAGUGUCCGAAACAACUUUACUGUCUUGACCAACGUGCAGUGCACAUCUAAUAACAGGAGGUCCCCUGUGUCCAACCAGCCCCCCAUCACCAGAGUGUGCCUACCUGACGAGUCCUACCAGAAGCUGGCCGUGGAGACCAUGGAGGAGCUGGACUGGUGUCUGGAUCAGCUGGAAACCAUCCAAACGUACCGCUCCGUCAGCGACAUGGCCUCCAACAAGUUCAAGAGAAUGUUGAACAGGGAGCUGACGCACCUCUCUGAGAUGAGCAGAUCUGGCAAUCAAGUGUCGGAGUUCAUCUCCAACACCUUCCUAGACAAACAGAAUGAGGUGGAGAUUCCCUCGCCUACCCCUAAAGCCCGCGAGAAGAAGAAAAAACAGCAGCUGAUGACUCAGAUCAGUGGUGUGAAGAAAGUAUCCCACGGGCACAGCCUCAACUGCGGCAUCGCUCGCUUCGGCGUCAAAACCGACAAAGAGGAUUUACUGUCAAAGGAAUUAGAAGAUCUGAACAAAUGGGGCCUGAACAUCUUUACAGUUUCAGAGUAUUCUCACAACCGGCCUCUCACUUGCAUUAUGUACGCCAUCUUCCAGGAACGUGACUUACUUAAGACAUUUAAGAUCCCGGCAGAUACUUUUGUGACAUAUAUGAUGACCCUUGAGGAUCAUUACCACCAAGAUGUGGCCUAUCAUAACAGCCUUCACGCUGCUGAUGUGGCCCAGUCAACUCACAUUCUGCUGUCCACACCUGCACUAGAUGCUGUCUUCACGGAUCUUGAGAUCCUGGCAGCCAUUUUUGCAGCAGCUAUUCAUGAUGUGGACCAUCCUGGAGUUUCAAACCAGUUCCUCAUCAAUACAAACUCAGAGCUAGCGCUCAUGUAUAACGAUGAGUCCGUUUUGGAGAAUCACCACUUAGCCGUGGGCUUUAAACUUCUCCAGGAGGACAAUUGUGACAUCUUCCAGAACCUCACUAAGAAACAGAGGCAGUCACUCCGAAAGAUGGUCAUCGACAUGGUACUGGCCACAGACAUGUCUAAGCACAUGAGCUUACUGGCCGAUCUGAAGACCAUGGUAGAGACGAAGAAAGUGACAAGCUCAGGAGUUUUACUUCUGGACAACUACACAGACAGGAUACAGGUUUUGCGGAACAUGGUUCACUGCGCCGAUCUGAGCAAUCCCACCAAGUCUCUAGAGUUGUACCGCCAGUGGACUGACCGCAUCAUGGACGAAUUCUUUCACCAGGGUGACAGAGAAAGGGAACGUGGCAUGGAGAUCAGCCCCAUGUGUGACAAACACACUGCCUCGGUGGAGAAAUCACAGGUGGGUUUCAUUGACUACAUCGUCCACCCGCUGUGGGAAACCUGGGCCGACUUGGUGCAUCCAGAUGCCCAGGAUAUCCUGGACACACUGGAGGAUAAUCGGAACUGGUACCAGAGCAUGAUCCCCCAGAGCCCUUCCCCACCCUUCUACCAGCCCGACAAAGAAGGCAACGGUGGGGGUUCAGGGCCAGACAAGUUCCAGUUUGAGCUCACACUAGAGGAAGAGGACUCAGAAGGCACAGAAAAAGAUGAACAGAGCCAGGGUGACGAGGAAGAGGAUGUGGAAGAAGAAAUGGAUUCCACUACACACAUCCAGAUAGUUACCGAAGAUGCAUCACCUGUCGACACAUAGGACUUGGCAUCUCUUAAUAGGCAGUAGUUGUUUUUUCCCUUGCGAGAGGAGCAAUCUUGCAGUUGAUGCUUUUUAAAAAGCCCACAUGGGGUGCUUUUUAGGCCCUCAUGGGAGGAGGAUGUCUUGCCCUCCUUGCACUUAUGUUUGGAAACAGUUUGGUAGGAGCUCUCAGGAAAUAAAUGCUGCAGACAUUUUGGACCUGAACAAUUGACAGGCGACUUUGAUAAACAUGAAGGAUUGGGCCCAACGUGGACAGUUUGUUUGUUUGUUUACCUGCCGGUGAGGAGUAGACACUACUGAGAGGAUUUCUCUCUUUUUUUUUUUGUACCAACACAGACUUUUUGUAAAGCUAUGGUUGUGUGUUGAGGUCAAACACGAACUACUGAAGAACAAGUAUUUGUAAAGAGAGAAACUGUUUACUUUUCUGUACCAUUUGUCUAAAGACUGUGUGCCUUUUUACUAUUGUCUUUUUAAUAGUCUUUUAUUUAUUGAACACAUUUUAGUAUAACUGUAUGUUGAAAUGUUUUCGUUUUCUAAACUAGACCAAACAUGCAGAAUUGUUUUAUAUCUACGCUGGAGAGAGAAUUAGUGUCUUCCUUUGUUUGGCAAUAUAACUUGAUAAUCCAAACAUCUGACAAACGAUCAGAAAACUAAGAAAUUAUGAAAGAGGCACUUUCUGUUUAUUCUAUCUACAUUUGUGUCGGACUUUUUAAAUAUGAGCACAAACUCUGUUUAUUUGGAUCCGUACAUCAUCCCAUCCACAUUAGGUUGAAAAAAAACCUGUUAGGUAAAUGCAUUGUUGCACAAAAAACUUUAAAUGCCCUUAAAUAUGAAGAGCCCAUUUGCUUAGAUCGUAAAACAAAAUACAAGCACCCCCCAAAAAAUCCAAUCACUAGGGGUCUCAUAAUGUACUAAAAUCACAGGGGAAGCCAAAGCUAUGUUCACUUAAACGUUAAUUUGCUUUCGAUUCAUCAUAAUUGUCUUCCUUACAGCAGCCAUUUUUCAUUCUUCCCAUCAUACCUCAGAAACACAGAAUAAAAGCAGUCCAAACUAGCUUUUGUAGCUUUUCUACACACUUUGAUACAGAACAUUUCCUCAUUUAUCUUCUAAAUAAAACAUCUUCUCUU